UACAACAACAACAAUAAUAAUGAGGCUUAUUUUCAAAUCACCAUUUCCGUUCAAAGCAACGGUUGUACCACCACAAGAACCACCGUGCCGGUGGUGCUGUGUUGUUUCCACUAAAACUAGUAGCUUAACUAGAACUGCUAGAGCUCCGGUUAAAUGGGAAAGAUUGCUAGACGAGUUGGGGGAGACUCGUGAUCAAACCGCGCCUCCGAGUCGACUCAGCCAACGGUGGAUGGAGUACCAUGGUAUCAACAACUGGGAGGGUUUGUUGGACCCUCUAGACGACGUCCUACGUGGCGAGAUCAUUCGCUACGGUAGCUUUGUUGAGGCUGCGUACCAGUCAUUCAACUUUGAUCCUUCUUCUCCUACGUACGCUGCAUGCCGGUACGCGAAAAGUACCAUGUUGGAGCGUUCCGGGGUGCACGGAUGUGGGUACGAGGUGACGAAGCAGUUACACGCCACGUCAUCGAUUCCAUUGCCACGGUGGAUAGAGAGGAUGCCGCGUUGGAUGCAAGUGCAAUCCAGCUGGAUUGGUUACGUGGCGGUUUGUAAUGACAAGGAGGAGAUUUCUAGGCUGGGGAGGCGAGACAUUGUCAUUGCUCUCCGUGGCACUAUCACUUGUCUAGAGUGGCUCGAGAAUCUACGAGCCACUCUCACUCGUUUGAGUGGAGACAAUCUGUCUCCAACUGAGCAAGACAGUGAACCUAUGGUGGAAGCUGGAGUUCUGAGCCUGUAUACCUCGGGCACAAAUACGUGCCCGAGUUUACAACAAUUAUUACGGGAAGAAGUAUUAAAAUUAUUAAAAUUAUAUAGUGAUGAGCCACUGAGCUUGACCAUCACUGGUCAUUCUCUAGGGGCUUCUUUAGCCAUUCUAGCCGCGUACGACAUAAAAACAACUAUCAAACACUCUCCCCAUCUCUCUGUCAUAUCAUUUGGCGGACCAAGGGUGGGGAACCGAAGCUUUCGACACCACCUAGAACAACAAGGAACGAAAGUUCUACGUAUUGUCAACUCCGAUGACCUAAUCACAAAAGUUCCUGGUUUUUUUGUUGAAGACCAUGAUGGUGUGGUACAAGAGGAGAAUGCUCGCGUAGCACAUUUGACAAACUGGAUACAAAAGCGCGUUAAAGAUAGCCGAUGGGUUUACGCUAACAUAGGGCACGAGUUACGACUAAGUAGUCGAGACUCGUUAAAGUUAAACAGUAUUGAUGUCGCAACAUGUCAUGAUCUCCAGACUUAUCUUGACCUGGUACAUGGUUUUGUGAGCUCGACUUGUCCAUUUAGAGCUGGUGCAAGAAGAAUGCUCAAGAACGCUACUACUGCCCCUUCUGUAAAAUAAAUUUAUUCAUUUCUAUUGGUUAGAUGUAU